AAAAAUGAUAAUAGGCCCGACCCGGCCCGGACCCGGACCCGGUGGGUACCCGGGCCGGUCCCGGGCCCAUCUAUUCAGAACCGGCGGCCCGGCCCGAGUCCAACUCUACUGGUAUGACUAACUUACUUGUUGAAGAAAAUUUGCCUUAUUUGUUUUCUGAAAGUCUUGCUUUUCGUGAUUAUGCACAAACUUGUUUAAAUCCUCAAUAUAGAGGAUAUAGUCGCAAAACGGUUAAGAAAGAAAUUUCAAGGCUUUAUGGUGCGGAAAAGGUAAGGUUACAAAAUUAUUUUGCAAAUUUUGAUGGGCGUGUUACUGUAUGUUCUGACAUAUGGGAGGAUACUUUUCAUAAUUUACAUUAUUUGGGUCUGACUGUACAUUAUAUUGACAAUGAUUGGCAUAUGCAUAAACGUGUUCUUGCUUUUCGUGAAUUUAAUGAUCGUCACACCGCUGAACAUAUUUAUAUUUUGAUUGAACACAUUUUAAUUGAGUAUAAUUUAAUUGAUAAGGUGUUUGUCAUUGAUUUUGAUAAUGCUACUAAUAAUACUGCUGCUAUUCCUAGAUUGUGUGAAUUGUGUGGUUCUACUUCUUUGAUGGGUAGAUUUUUUCAUCAACGAUGUGCGUGUCAUGUUAUAAAUUUAUGUGUGCAAGAUGGUCUAAAAGCGUUGGGAGCAUCUUUGGAGGUAGUCGGGAGGGGGGGAGGGGAUUAGACGUAUUUGGGGUAAUGGACAACUUAGGAAAAAAAAUGGCAUGAUUAUUUGAUAGAAAGAGGUGAGAAAUAUGUGGCUUUUCCUAAAGAUUUGUCUAUUCGUUGGAAUCGUACUUAUAAGUUAAUUGCAGUUCUUCUUAGAUAUAAAUAACAUUUUCCUGCUUUUAUGAAACAAUAUGAUAACUAUAUUAUAAACUCGAUUGAGAUCGACACAUGUGAAAAAAUUUGUAAUGCUUUGAUAUAUUUUAAUAAUGCAACUGAAACUUUUAGUCAUGUUUAUAAACCUACCUCAAACCAAUUUACUCGUGAAGCUGUUAAUCUCGCCGGUGCUUUUUCAAAUUUUGAGAAUGCUGAUUAUGUGAGUUAUUUUGCUAGUUUUAUAAAGGAAAAGUUUUUAAAAUAUUAUUCACAUAUUCCGCAUAUUUAUGGUAUUGCAUUUUUUCUCGAUCCUCAUUUUAGACUUGGUUAUUUAGAAGAAUGUUUGAAUUAUUAUUAUGCUGCUUUUUUUUUGUCCAAUGCCAAUGUAUGAGGACAACCCAAUUGAUCCGAAAAAAGAAUACAACGAGAAGGACCCGAAGACCGGGAUGUGGUACGCAAUUUGCAAAUGGUGCGAAAAAAAAUGUAUAAUGGGGGCUUCAGGCGGAUUCGGGAUGGCAAUCAAGCAUAUGAAGUCAUGUGACAAAGCCAAAGGAUCGGGAGGUGCAUGAAGUUCCUAUUUCAUUUCAAAUAAAUGCAAUUGAAGUCUGUUUUUAAUACUCGUAUAAAACUAUAAACUAUAAAUAUAAAUUAUAAAAAAAAAUUACCGGCCCGGCCCGAACCGGACCCGACCCGUGACCGGGCGGGUGGCCCGGCCCGAACCGGAC